GCGUGAGCGAGCGGCUAGUGGGCGCGCCCGCUGCGACGUUGCGGAGGCUUCAACAUGGCGGAAGCCCUGACAACUCAGGAGCAGCUGGCUGUAGAGGAGUUCCUGAGUGAGGUGCGGAGCAGGGAGCAGCCUCACAGCGCUGGGCUCGUCUCUCAACCUACAGCUGUUAAGUUUCUUAUGGCCCGCAAGUUUGACGUCUCCAGAGCCAUCGAUCUUUUCCAAGCAUACAAGAACACAAGAAUCAAAGAGGGCAUAAUCAAUAUCAACCCUGACGAGGAGCCCCUACGCUCUGAGCUGCUGAGUGGCAAAUUUACAGUCCUGCCUGGCCGAGACGCAAAAGGUGCUGCUGUAGCACUCUUCACCGCUCGACUUCAUCGACCAGACCUCACCACCCAUAAAGCUGUUCUCCAGGCCAUCAUCUACCAGCUAGACAAAGCCAUAGAGAGUGUUCAAACUCAAAGGGAUGGGCUCAUAUUUAUUUACGACAUGACCAACUCCAGUUAUGGAAAUUUUGACUAUGAGCUCUGUGUCAAGAUUCUCAAUUUGCUCAAGGGGGCCUUUCCAGCUCGUCUAAAAUGUGUCUUCAUUGUGUCCUCACCUCUUUGGUUUCGAGCACCUUUCGCGGUUCUUCGCCUCUUUGUACGCGAGAAGCUGAGAGAAAGGGUCUGCACAGUGAAAGCUCAUGAGUUGGCAAGUCAUAUCCCAGUUUCCUCCCUCCCUGAACACCUGGGUGGGACAUCCCAGUAUAACCACGUGGCUUGGAUUCAAUCCUGUGUUAAUGUAAACACAAACAUUGUUCAGGGUGACACAAAAGAACAUGACUGCGUGGGAAGCCUGUUGCGCUCUUAUAGCUUAGAGAAUAGCAACACAAGUGUAGAUGCAACACUGUCCCACGCCCAUAUAAAUACACAAAUAGGUCCUGAGAUAGCUGUGGCUAACUCUAACUGCUAUGAUGACAGCAACGCAAACCCACACAACCACUGUGUUGUGGAGAGCAGGACUCGAGGCCAAGGCCAGCACCAACAUAGUCCAAAUUCUGCUGUGGACAAAUCGCAAGUGAACCACCAACACUGGAAUGGCUCAGCAGUGAGCGGAGCCAACAUGGCUGUCAUUGGCUCCAGCGCCAAUGCUAACAUUAAUGGUAGUGGCUGCCAAGCUCCUCCCCAAUCAGACACUCCCCCUGAUACACCCCUCUCAAAGAAAACUGAUGGGGCUGUGGUGAGUGGCAGUGAGGGUAUAGAGGAGGAGUAUGAGGAGGGUGAGGAGGAAGGAGUGCCUCCGUUGCCUCAGAAAUCUCAGCCUCGUCCACCCAACCAGCCUUCCUCAAAAUCCCCACCGCUGUCCUCAUCUUGGGGUCCUGAUGAUGAGAACCACUGCAUGGAGGUGUCUGUUCACAUGCCAGAGCAGGGAGCCAUGACGGUGCAUGACCUGGUGGAGUAUGUGAAGAGGAAGAAGAAGAGAGGGAUCUAUCAAGAGUAUGAGGAGAUCCGCAAGGAGCCUCCUGCAGGCACCUUUGACUACUCUAAGAAAUUGUCCAAUCAGGUCAAGAACAGGUACAGUGAUGUUCUCUGCCUCGACCAGUCACGAGUGCGACUGUGCCCACUCUCUAAUGAUGAGGAUGAGACAUCAGAUUACAUUAAUGCUAGUUUCAUGGAUGGGUACAAGAGGAGCAACGCCUACAUCGCUACUCAGGGUCCUUUGCCAAAAACCUUUGCUGACUUCUGGAGGAUGGUUUGGGAACAGAUGGUACUUAUCAUUGUAAUGACCACCAGGGUGGUGGAGCGUGGACGUGUCAAAUGUGGACAAUACUGGCCUCUUGAGGAGGGCAGGACUGAACAGCAUGGAUACUUCUUGGUCAGGAAUACACACAUCCAAGUGUUUCAGGACUUCAAACUUUCCCAUCUUGAACUGUACAACACACAGUCUGGAGAGAGGCGGGAAGUGUGCCACUACCUCUAUGUCAGCUGGCCGGACUUCGGAGUGCCCAAGAGUGCUUCUGCUAUGUUGGACUUCCGUGAACAUGUUCUGCAAAGGAGGGAAGCUGCAGUCCAGACCUUGGGAUCCACCUGGAGAGGGCCUCCAGGGGGCCCCCCUGUGGUUGUGCAUUGCAGUGCUGGCAUUGGCCGUACAGGCACAUUCUGCACACUGGACAUCUGCCUGUCCCAGCUGGAGGAUGUUGGCACAGUAGAUGUCUGUCAGACGGUGCGGCGGAUGCGUACACAGAGGGCUUUCAGCAUCCAGACCUGGGAUCAGUACUAUUUCUGCUACACAGCAAUCAUUGAGUAUGCCCAGCGGAAUGGGAAGCUGAGCCCAGUGCAGUGGUCUGACUCAGAGCUAGAGACUGACAGCGAGUGAGAGACAUACGGAGGGUAAUUAGAUGAACAGAACAGUCAAUCUAAGCAGAAGUCAUAGGAAUGAGAGUGAGGAGUGGCGAUUCUGAGUACAUAAAGGAGAUGACUCUUCAGACAUAACAGAGAAGAGGCACAAGAUGGCAGACUCCCACAGUUGCUCUUCCUUCUUCCCACGAGUUGAUAAACUGAGAAGGCAAAGAGCUGGAGAAGAAAAUUCAGUGCAGUGGAAACUGCAUUGACGAGCAAGCUGGCCUGCCAAUUUCCAAGCCCCUUUUUAAAAAAUUUAGCAAACUACAGGGGGUUUGGCCUGCCCCGAACCUGUGUUGUCGACAAAAGCAGUGUACGAGUAGCAUUUUUAUAUUGACUUGCACAUGAGAAAUGACAAACUUGAACCUUACCCCUAAAAGCCCUCCAAACCCGAGUCUUUGGUCCUUUUUGUAUUUCUUGUCUCUUCUCAACUCUGAACAAAUCUGUGACUGCAGAUAAAAUGUGUGGGGUAUGAAAAGGUGAAACUUGAAAACAUUUCUUUUUGCUUUUUCUUGGUUCUCUUUGAGAGAGUUUGUGUGACAGAUCAGUGUGUGAGCCAUUUAGUCCAUUUCCAUGUUGUUUUGGGGGGGGUUCCCAUGUUAAUUUUUUCUAUGGUGCAUUUUCUAUGUGAGUUUCAUAUUUGUGCAUAUGUAGACUAACUUUUAAAAGCCAAAGUCCGCAAUCUGAAUGCUUGGAUGUACUCCUUACUGAGAUAUUAUAGACUGAAGCCCAUGUAUAUUCUUGUAACAUACAUUUAUACAUUAUUGUGCAUAAUAACAAUUUCUGAAAUAACAGCAAAAAAAGCCUUGUUUAAUAUAAUUGACUUAACUUUGAGGAAAGAAUUCCUGUGUAGCGAGCCAGGCUAUGACAAAAUAUAGAAGAGUUCUGGUUUUAAACUAAUGUUGUAUUUCAAAUCUCUGAUUUGUCAGGUCUAACAUCGUCUUUACUGUUGGAGCGUUCUGAUUGGACGAUCUUAAGUAAUUUGGCCUUAACUUGAUUCACUGCCUCGUCCUUCUAAGACCCUGAACCAUACCUUUAAACUGUACACUUUUAUUUCCUCCCGUGGUUCUCCUUUUUUUCAAUCUGACUCUUGACACCACAACUGUUGUUUAUUCCUGAGGUAUGCUCUCCCUCAGAUAAUUGUGCCUUCACGUUUUCCUUAGCUUAAUGUCUCACUAGUAAGUAAAACCCAAACUAGUGCACUUGCAUAAAACAUGUUAACUUUGUGCCACACAGGACCCCCACAUUUUGCCUAUAAGUCCUGUACAUAGCACACUAUGUAUAAAUGACAAAGUAGUGAGUUAUCUGGGAGUUAGCUUUGAGACGUGGUUAUUAUUUUAUCAUUUGACCUCAGGGGGUGUUUUUGUCUAGUGUCAAAGAUCCAUUUCUGGGUUUGCCUCUGGUAAAUUAUCAUUUAAGGAAAAAAAUCUAUAUCAACUUUAUUUUGUAUUUUUUACUGUAUUGUAUCCUACUGUAUUUAUGUCUUUGUACAACUUCUACAUUAUUGAAAAUCCGUGAAUGUUGGUACGAUGCAACAAAGAAUAACAGACCAGUUAUUGCAUUUGAUAAGCUGAACAAAUCGAACGAGGAGUGAACUAUAUAUAUUUUUCUUUGUUGUUCACAAUGACAUUGAGGUGGAAACUGUCACUUGCCAUAGUAUUUUCAGAACUGACUUGUAUAAAUGGUGAUUGUUCAAGUUUUGGACAAUAAGGGGUUGGGAUGGGGGUGAGGUAGGGUAGGGAUCAGGUAAGCUAACUUGUGCUUUUAGAGAGUUUAUCAUAGAAACGGUAACGUUAACAUCCAACUGUCUGGUCCCCUUAUGCCAAGGACAAAGCAAAAACAAACAAAAAACCUAUUAAGAGCAGAAAAUGGCAAAAAAAAAAAAGGACAUGUGGCUACAUUUCUGUUCAUAUAAAUAUAUAUCUAUAUAUUAUUAUGGGAUAAAGUUUAUCAGCAUGGAUAGAGCCUUGAAUGUUUUUGGGGUACUGGUGUCCGAGCAAUUUAGUAAAGACUUUUUUUUUUUUGGUGAAUGUGGACCUUGCAUCCUUCAAUGCCAAAGGCCUAGGCUCAAUCUGAAAGUGUUUUCCUGUCACACAUCCUCAACAGCCUGCAAGCAUGGACUUACUGGUGCAGUCUUGCAUCCACGGACACCGAAAGACCCUGGAGCACCUUGGGAACAUUGCUAAUAAAUAUGUAUAGCUAAAAAAAAGUGGGAGAGUGGGUAUGCAAGAGUUUUGAUCCCUGUGCUACAUUUAAUUUGUUUUGUAAGAAACUGAGAAUGCAAUGUGCAUUUGUCACUGGUGUUCAUUUAUUGUCUCUUUUUGUGCUUGAAGUUCAUGCGAUUGAAUUACAGCCUUUUACAUGCUGUCAGCCCAGCUGUCCCAUUAAAGAAAUGGUCUUACUAUCUUAAAUGGAUACAAAGCUAAUGUGAUCUCUUGGCUGAAAAAGAGUAUUGCAAAGAUUAAAUGUGUAGUAAGAACA